UAGUACGUGCACAAUCUUUGGUUGUGGCAGCGCUCAGUACGCUGGUAUUGUAAUAUGUGCAGAAUCUUCGGUUAUGGCGGCCCUUAGUACGCUGGUAUUAUAGUACAUGCAGAAUCUUCGGUUAUGGUGGCAUUUUGUACGCUAGUACUGAUACUAUUCCAAUUUUUGCAGCUAUAUGUUCAUCAGUUGUUAGUACGCUUAGUACGUAAUCACGUUUGUACGUGCACAAUCUUCGCCUAUGGAUUUAGUAGUAUGCUAGUACUAACAGUAUCCAUGCUAUUGAAGCGAUUAUUGGUGAUGGAUUUUGGCGAUUAAUAGGCGCUUAUCUUUAGGGUUUUGGGUCGCCUGGUACAUUAGGAGUCUAUACGAGUAAUACACGCUAUUGGUACAAAUGACUAAGAGAAAAAAAGUACACGAAAGGUUCCUAAAAUGGGCAGCAUCCGAGAUGACUUUCGCAGGAAUUAUACAGAUGCCACGAAUUGGCUACUUAGUUGAUCAGCCGUUAAGCAUCUUCCAUGAGUGUAAUUCUUUUUAGUUAUAGUUAUGAAUAAACCUGGACCACAGAAAUCUCCAUGGACCAGUUCGAAGAAGCAAAAGAAGCAAACCAAAAAUGAAAAUGCAGCAAUGAGCAAACAAGCGAAAUUUGGCCUUGCGGCGUCAGAUAAAGGGUCGUACUAUCAGCAGGAAUGGUCUGACGAUUCCGACUCCAAGUUUGAAGCUACGGCUAUGGGUUCUAGCCGGCAAAAGAUCAAGUUGAGAGCUGAGAAAGGCACUGUAUAAUUUUGGGAACUUGAUAGCGAUGAAAGUAAUGGUGACUGCAGUGACUCUUCUGAUGAGUGCGAUAACAACCAUACGUCGGACUCACUGAAUAUUAUUGAUGCACAGUUGCUGCAAGAUGCUUUGAAAGAAUCUGCCAUCUGCAGAGACUGUAAAACUGGAGAACUUCAACUCCUUGAAGACAAAAGUUCAAGAAACAGCCAGGGACAGAUUUGGAUUCUUCAGUGCAAACGUGUCAAUUGUAAUUUUCAUAAGAAUCCAAAACGUUUUCACACCUCACUAAAGAGUUCGCGAUUCUAUGAGUUGAACUGUGCAAUCGUUUUGGCCUUUUGGUCAAUUGGUCAUGGUUACUCCACUGCUCAAAGGUUUUGCAGUAUUGUCAAUCUACCAGAUCCCGUCUGCAAAAAACCCUGGAUGCGGCACACCCAAGCGAUUUUGAAAGCUGCAGAAACCCUGCUCAAAGAAGAACUAAAUGAGGCCACCUUUGAAGUUAAGAAGCUGUUGAGGGACAUUGGAGAUAUUGAAGACUGUUCGGAUGAAGAACUGAGAGAAAAAGUUGUGGAUGGUGGUGCCAGUUUGGAUGGUUGGUGGAGCAGGAGAGGCUGGUCAGCGCACGAUGGAAUUGUUGCUGCAAUAUCGGUUGAAACUGGAAAGGUUGUGGACGUUGUUUAUUUAAGUUGUUUGUGCAGUGAACGCUCCAAAAUGGAGGAGAAGAGAAACAAUGGCAAGAUUUCCAGACGUGAAUUUCUUGAGUGGUAUCUUUGUCAUGACAACAGCUGUUUUCAGAAUCAUGACAGAAGUGCAGCAGCCAUGGAAGCAGAAGGAGCACUAAAGAUAUACCUUAGGUCAGAAGAAAAGUGAAAACUUCGUUACAUGCCAUAUGUGGGUGACAGAGACAGUAAAAGCUACGCAAGAGUGCAGUAUGCAAAACCAUAUGGUCCUGCUGUUGAAAUUGAACUAGACGCUUUGCUGCGUGUACCCAGGCUGUCGUUAUACUGAGAAGCACUAGCUAAGAAAUUCAAUCAAAUUGAUGUGCUUAAGCUCUUCUGCUUUUGAUUGCAUUUCUUGGAAUCGAUUAAUAGCUUAUUACACGUUUGCAGGUCUUAAGGGUGUGAAAAGAGUCAAGGUCUUUAUAUCAGCCUAUAAACAUUUCAGCCUAUUUUCCUCAGCCUUUGUCGUUGUUAUUUGCGUUUCUCAAGCAAGCGAGACAUUUUGAAUUUCAUAGUUAUGGCGAUGCGUGACAUAGACCUACGAACGCAGUUGUCGAAAUCAUAUACUUAUGUUGUGAUUUUUAGCCCAAUCAGCAGUUAAAGUACUAGGAAAAGUGCUUAUGUAAAUGCUUGUUUGUU